AUGGGAAUGCUGGUGAGAGCAGCUGUGCUCAUGAGCCCUCUUCUCUUCUGCAACGCUUUUCUAGACCUGACUGGCCCCAGUGAGAUCAAAGGCGUAUGGAAGGCAUCUGCCACUUUGCCAUGUGCCUAUGUGCCUGUGCAGGACUUUGUGCAGCAAAUGCUCACGUGGAUGGUGGUACAUGACCAGAGCUCCGGCACCAUCUUUCAGAGGGACAGCUCUGGCGACCAGGUUCUCCUGGCCGAGUACAGAGGCAGGGUCAGUGUCCCAAAGGACACCCCGGGGAACGUGUCUCUCCACAUCCUGAACCUGGAAGUCUCUGACAGGGGAACCUACACUUGCCAGGUCACCUGGAAAGCCAGGAACAACAGCCUUAUAGCAAGAGACAUCACCACUAAAGUGGAGGUUGUUAAAGCGUACCGCUGGUUCCGGAGCACCCCGGGCGGGAAGGCCCUGCUCCUGAGCAGCCGGGCCGAGCUGGCGUGGGACAGCCUGCAGCCCUCCGACGCCGGGGAGUACUACUGCGAGGCGGAGAACAGGGUCGGGGCCGGGGCGGUGCGGCGGAGCGAUGCUGUGGAGCUGACAGUGGGAGCACCCGUGCUGUCCCUGCACGUCACGCACUGGCAGUGGGACUGGGUGGGCAAGCGGUGGGACAGGGGGCAGCCCUGGUCCAGGGGGACAUGGUGGGUGGGAUGGCAAGGCACUCGCCACGGCUCCGUCCCCAUUCCCAUCGUUAUCCCCAUGUCGGCAAGAGAUCUGCCUGCAACAACAGUGGCCUCUCGGAAAGAUAUGGGAAUGUCAGGGAGACAGGACCCAACCACAGAUCUGCCCAUAACAGCAGUGACUUCUGAGGAUGGUGUCGGACAUGCAGAAAAGAAUUCCACAACUCAGAAUUUCCAGAGGACUCGCCUCUCCCUCUACCUGGUCAUCCUGAUUGCUGUGGUCUGCAGUGGCGUGGUUUUCCUUGUCAUCUUUCUCAUCGUUUGCAUUAAAAAGCCCAAAGACG